AUGGGCAGCUGCUUUGUUUUUCGCACUGGCACCUACCGCCAGCUCUUCCACCCUGAGCAGCUGAUCACAGGCAAGGAAGAUGCUGCCAAUAACUAUGCCCGUGGACACUACACCAUUGGCAAGGAGAUCAUUGACCUGGUCCUGGACCGAAUUCGGAAACUGGCUGACCAGUGCACGGGCCUUCAGGGCUUCUUGGUUUUCCACAGCUUUGGUGGGGGAACCGGUUCUGGGUUCACCUCCCUGCUGAUGGAACGUCUCUCCGUCGAUUAUGGCAAGAAGUCCAAGCUGGAGUUCUCCAUUUACCCAGCCCCCCAGGUCUCCACAGCUGUAGUUGAGCCCUACAACUCCAUCCUCACCACCCACACCACC